AUGCGGAAGAUAUUUGGCCGCAAACCACGAGACGAGCUUGAUGAUCUAAAAUCCCCGCAAGAGAUUCCCGAAAUCUAUCCUCACUCACCGGAUGUUACUAGCCUACACGAUGAUGAAGAAGGUGGCGUGGCCGUACAACCUCCUGCUCGCUUUCACAGAUCCUCUUCCCUCCCAAGCCUAAAAAAUAGUAUCCAAAGAAGCCCCAAAAGCUCGCUCCGCGGCUUAGGUUCUCCUUCCCAACCAUGGUCCUCCUCGGAAUUCCUAGAUGUUCGGGUGCACCGGAGACGAGCUACUCUGCCGAGUGUUGCACUUUCUGCACACGACGCCCUGGAGCUUGCCUCAAAAAUUGAUGCAGCCGCUACUUUUGACAAGAAAAGCUCAAUCGGAAGCCUCGACGCUCUGGCAAUAAAAGCUGAUAACCACUAUAAACGCCGGUCACGAAGUGCUUGCGGUGUGCGAGAUACUGCGAAAUCGCACCGCAUGUCUCCAAUUCAAUGGCGACGGAGAAGUGAUGAAAUCAGAUUUUGGAGGGAGAGCACCCUCAAUGACUUUGCCGAACCUCGUCCCGACACUAGACCUGCGACAUCUAUAUCAAGCCACAUUGGCCCUGACGAGAAAGUUGCAGACGCAAGUGAAGAGUCCGCUGAUUGUCCAAUCGAAGAAGACGAAUCUGAUGACUCCGAGCCAAACGAUGAAGAAGGGUUUGAUUUCAAAAAUUUGAUGGAAAGCAUGCAGACCGAGAAUGAAGUCAGUCUAGCCCAGCGAGUAGGAACUCUUGAGGUCAAACUGAUGGACUUGGAAUUUGCAAUCGCGAAACUACAAAACAGCAGUGCUGAAGCAAAUACAGUCAAGAAGAAGGCUACAGGUUCACCAGUCCGAGGGAGACCCAUGGAACCCAUAAAUGACUCCAGCCAGUUCAUCAAUUCAUUCGUAUCCACGCCUAGCAUUACGCCACCUCAAGGAUCCCCUGCCGAAAUAGAACCGAUGCAACACAGCAGCCCGAUUACGCUGUGCAACCACUCAUUGGAAUGUAUCUCACAAUCACGGCGCCCUCCGUCACCUUAUCGCUCUGAUUCGGGUUUCCAAGGUAUAUCCGUGGAACAGUAUAGUGCUCUGACCACUCUCAUGCGACGAGAACAAUGCGCCAGAAAGUUACUAGAGAGCCAAAUCCUCUCUAUGCAACAGGAAAUUCGGCGCCUUCAGACUGGAGAACCAUGGGGUCCAGGGCAAGGAAGCACGUUUUUACGAUCCUCAAGUCCCGACUCGCAGAUGCUGCCCACCCCAUAUCUUCACGACUCUCCAAGACAGGCACCGACAAACCCAUGGAAACCGCCCCCUAAUAUUGAACCGUCUCAAAAUGACAGCAACUCGAUUAAUAGCUAUCGGCAUAACUCUGACUCAAGCCGUUAUAAUACCUACCACCGAUCUCGAAAUGACUAUUCUCUACCCCAUAACAAUCAUAUUCCGGGGAUGAUAUAG